UUUUUAAAAAUAUUUGUUUAGAAAAUCUCUAAGGCCUCUAUUUUCCUCUUAUCUUUUCUUUACUUUUCUGAGCACCGGGCUUGGCCUGACCGGACAUUUUUAGCGUACUGAACUUCAAAUGACAACAUCAAAUUUUGAUCAGUGGCCAAACCAUUUUUGUGUUGGGGGUGGGGUGGUUCUUGACCACUAUUUCAAGAGCGAUUAGGAAGAAAACAAUUAAAAGCUUUUAUGUAACUCAAAUAUUACACAUCUUUUCCACAGAUAGGCCUAUUUUGAAAAAUUAUUCCAUAAUUUAAUGUGGGCCCAGUUCUUGGCCCCCCCCCCCCUACCCUGGGCCCGGGACAACAGACCCGUUUGUCCCCCCCUAUCGGCGGGCGUGACUAUAUGUUACAGUAAUUAGCUCUCAUUUUAUAUGUUAUUAAAGACCAUUAGAUGUGGACAGGGUAUUUGUCAUCUGUCAUCAGCAGGUAACAAAGUGAACUGCUAGUCUUGUAUAUUUUCCUAUAACAAAAAUAAGUUUUUCCAUCAUCAGAUUCAAAGGCUUCAACGGAUGACACAGGUGUGAAUGUGAGGACGGCUGGUUGGUCAUGAAAGUCAGUCAUGCUGUUUCAGUGCAACUGCAAGUGGUGUGUGGUUCUGCCUGAUUAAGAUGGAGCCAAACUUUUAACUAAUCUCUUAAAACUUUGGAUAUUACAAGUCCUACAUGCAGUGUUUGGAGUACCCUAGGGAGACAGAGCAAGUAAUAAAUAGAAAUAUUAUUACCUGGUAAUAGUAGCCCAGCUGGCCCCAGUUGUUUGUUGUUGAGUUUCAAAAGGAGACAAGCAAUGCUAACACUGGGCUUUUAUAGUGAUAGGGUGCUGCAUGCAGAAGUGGGCUGUUCUUUUGCAUUUACUUCUACACCUCUAGUCAUUAUUACUUACUUAGAGGUAUUAAACAUGGAAUACUUGUUGCUGAUUUAAGGGAUAGCUGCUGUCUUCUAAGAUUUUACCAUUUAAGUGUUGGACGGGACUGUUGGGUUUGUCCAGUUGGUUUGGUAAGGCUUUGUCUUUUGACACUCAGGUGGUCGAACUAAUCACAAUGUUAAAAUAAGUACACAUCCGGUUAACAGGUAUAUGACUUCAAAAUAAAAUGAAAAAAUCAGGGGAUGACCGAGUUUUAAGAGUGACGACUCCGCAGUCAUGAGACAGAGGUGUUUAUUUUGAAAACCUUAACCAGAAACCGGUUUGUUUACUCAUGCUAGCUGACAGCAUGCUACAUUGAGUAGCUCUGUGGUGUAUCUGUGUUUUGACAUGAAUAAGUGCCUGUAUGAAGAUAGUGUGUUAAAAGAGAAGUUGUCAGGGAGUAAUACGGCUUGUGUCGUCGUUGAAAAGUGUGGCACGUUGGACGUUUCCUACAAAAAGUGCCGCAGCUUCUCCUUCCUGCGUCGAGCUGCAGCUAUAAGAGAUGCUCUUGAUGGUUUCACAGUGUAAGCGGAGCCCGUCUUACCCUCCACACGUCCAAAUAUGAUGCCAGCCUAAGGGGACAUCAUGGACAAUGGCAAACCGAGCCGUGUGUGUCGGCCCCAGCGGAUCAGUGAAUCGUCCAAGGUGUUCCGCUGGACCGAUCAAGGUGUGGAGGUGUUGCAGGGCCUCAAUGACCAGCGACAGCAUGGCCACUUCUGUGAUGUGAUGCUGGUGGCAAAUGACCAGCGGGUCCCUGCUCACCGUGCCCUGCUGGCCGUCUCCAGCCCGUACUUCCACGCUAUGUUCACUCUGGGCAUGAGGGAGGAACGCCAGGCAGAGGUGGAGCUGGUUGGUAUGUCCUACAUCGGUCUGAAGGCUGUGGUGGACUUCCUGUACAGUGGAGAGCUGCCAUUGGAUGGGGGAAAUAUUGAUCAUGUGCUGGAAGCUGCCCACCUGCUACAGGUGUGGCGAGUGGUGGAUUUCUGCUGCCAGUACCUGGAGAGGGAGGUGAGUGAGGACAACUACCUGUACCUUCAGGAGCUGGCUCAGCUCUACAGUCUGGAGCGACUCGACACCUUCAUCGACCACUUCAUCCUCACACGUUUCUCCACACUCUCCUUCACCCCCGACUUCCUUUGCAACAUUCCUUUACACAAGCUCACCUCCUACCUCUCCAGUGGCCAGGUUCAGCAUGACAGCGAGCAGGCACUGCUCCAGGCCGCCCUGCAGUGGCUCAGCCAGACUCCUGAACGAACCACCCACGCCAGACAACUCCUCUCCUACAUCCGCUUCCCUCUGAUGCCAGUGGGGGACCUGGUGGACCGGGUGCUGCCGGGGAUACGGGCCCUGCUGCCGGAGGAGGCCGGCUCCGAGUCCCUCGUGGAGGAAGCGUUGGGAUACCAUGCAACCCCCAGCGCUCAGCCACUCCUGCAAAGCGGACGCACCACGCUGAGGGGAGGAGUGGAACAGCUGCUGCUGAUUGGGGGAGAGGUGUCAGAACGUGGAGAGGAGCUGAGUGCUACUGUUUGCCGGCUGGACAGCGAAACAGGAAGUUGGGAGGUGGAAACUGAGCUACCGGCCCAGCGGAGUCACCACUGCCUGGCAGUGCUUGGGGGCUUUAUUUACGCUGCUGGGGGCAGCUCGUCCAGGGAUAACGGCGGAGACGCAGCCUGUAACCUGCUCUACAGAUACGAUCCCCGCCAUAACCAGUGGACCAGGGGUGCUCCAAUGAACCAGCGGCGGGUGGAUUUUUACCUGGGAGCGGUGGGAGAGUGCCUGAUUGCUGUGGGUGGCAGGAAUGACACCGGAGCUUUGUCAUCUGUGGAGCUUUACUGCCCCGCCGAGGACUGCUGGUCAUAUGUGGCAGAACUGCCCAGGUUUACUUACGGCCAUGCUGGAACCUUCCAUCGUGGUGUGGUCUACAUCUCAGGAGGUCAUGACUAUCAGAUCGGACCGUACCGCAGAGAAGUUCUGAGUUAUGAUCCUUCAAAGGACAAUGAUGUGUGGGUUGAGUGCCAAGCCAUGUCUCUGGCUCGGGGCUGGCACUGCAUGGCCUCCCUCAACCACCUCAUCUACGCCAUCGGGGGCAGCGACGACAAUGAGGACACCACCGAACGCUUCGACAUCCUGCAGGUGGAGUCCUAUGACCCACGCAGCGGCCAGUGGACCCGGGUGGCGCCACUGCUGUUGCCCAACAGUGAAGCAGGGCUUGCGGUUUGGGCUGGGAGGAUCUAUGUGCUGGGUGGCUACAGCUGGGAGAGUAUGGCAUUCUCCAGAGCCGCUCAAGUGUACGACCCUGACAAAGACUCAUGGUGCAGAGGGCCUGAUUUCCCAAAACGCAUCGCAGGGGCCUCGGCGUGUGUGUGCCUUGUGAAGCCCUCACCAUCUUCAACCUCUCCAGAGAGGAAGAAAUUAGGGCACAGGGUAAAAAGAAGAACAGACCCCACGUAGCAUAAUGAAGGACCAAUGAAGGACUUUUCUCUUUGUAUAAAAGUGCAAGGCCUGACUUUUUGCUGAAAAGUAGAGCCAAAGAUUUUAUGUCCUCUACAUGAGUAGGAAGGGGUUAUGUGCUGGACCAUAUCUUGGUCAGAAGAGGCAACUGGCCCCCACAGAGUCUGGCACUUUGAAGCUUGGACCAGCCUUUAGACAGAGUCAAGCUAGCUGCUUCCCUCUGUUUCCAUUCUUUAUACUAACUAGCAGUGUCAUUGCCAGUGUCUGCCCCAUCUCCUCUAUGGCUGUGCUUACUGUUAUUAACCAGUUCAUUGUACAUUUACAACAGUGCACUCUGCACCGUGGGCAAAUCUACAGCAAACAGAGUGGAAAGUCACAGGAAGUUUGACAUAAAAUGGAGCAAACACACGACAGAUUCUUCUGUACACUUGUGAUCAUUAACAUAAGACAUUAACAUGAACUCGCUAAAUGUGAGUUCACUACCAUGUCACAUUAUCACAGUUUAACCGGCAUAUAUUGUGAUGUUUAUAUUACUUAUUCGCUAUAGCAGACCAAGCAGCAACUACCAUAACCAAGCCAAUGUGUUACUGUAAAGUAUGGCUGCUAGAAGCUGUAAUAGACUUGCAUUCAAAAAGCCUCAACUUGUCUCUAGAAAUACAAUCAUUUCUUUCAACAAGUCAUUAUGGAUGCCAUCUCUAAAUUCAAGCCCUUUAAUAUGUGUGCAGGUGGCCAUUUUGGAAAUGACUGCUCCCUUAAUAAGACUUACAGUAGUUUUGAUGUUUGACAGCUGGGUCAUCUGCUGUUCUCCCCGGCUCCUGGACUCACACUUAGCUGGACUAUUUCACUAAGUUUAAUAUCAAUUUAUUAUGAUGCCUGCCCUAUUAGCUCAAUUUAGAUGGGAUGCAACAAUUAUAGAUUUUGACAGUACAAUUAUAGUCUAUAGUAGAGGAAAAAUCACGGUUUCAUGAUUAUUAUGCAUUGCGGAUGGAUAACAUCACGUAGCUUUUUUUUGGGAGCAACAGACACACUCUUUGCCAGGGAUUCUGCAACAACCUAACUGCGGCAGUAUCAGAGGUCUAGUCUGAGGCUAAAAGUGAAUAACAAAAAUGAUCAUAAAUAAUCCAGCACAAGAUGAACUUUUAUUGGACAUUGCAGUAAUGACUAGUUGAUUUCAAAUAUAGUAUUUUUUAUUUAUUAUUAUUAUAAUAAGACUAACAUGAACUCUAUUGAUCCCCUUAGGGAAAAUAUUAUUAAUGUAGGUAAUAAAUUGAAGUGCUUUUAAAAUCAACUGCCAUCCAUGCCUAUUUUUUAAAAUUCAUUUUUAAUAAUGUAUUUCAGCAAUUCAUUGUAUUUUACAUGUGGUCUGAAAAAAGUUGUUGAGUCUUUACCAUUACAAAAUCAUGACAUGAAAUCGGUUAACUGCUACAUCCCUAGACUCUUGAGUAGCUGAUUGUGUUCCCUUAACAAGACAAUAUUUUUAUGUUCAAGCCAAAGGGCCAAUUAUCAAAAAGUCAUACAUGAUGGUUGCAAACACAGACUGUGAUGUCUCAUAUAUCAGUAGUCGUGCACAAUCUUAACACUAGCUGCAGAUAUGCAGUUGUAGAGCUUUGUAGGUGCUCAUGUGAUAUUUUGAAGACUGGUGCAAGAUAAAUGCAGAGGCCCUGUUUAGGGGAUUGAGAGAGAAAAAAAAAAUCACGUUUUAGGAUGUUUCAGUGGUAAAACAUCUGCAAGAACUACUAACACUGUAUGCCGGAGCAUUAGCACCAUACAGAAACGGUUUCUUUUGAUAAAUAUUGGGUAAGGUGAGCAGCUCACAUUUCCAAAAAGUUAAUCAUCAUUCAUCAGAGCUCCAGGGUCAGACUGCUGUGCAGGACUAAUAGAAGAAGAAUUGUCUAUUAUUGUUUAUAUGUGAUCUUAUUUGUUAAGUAUUCUGUCUGUACUCCAUGUUACACAACGAAGCAUACAUUCUCACAGAGAAACUCUCAAUGCUUUUCGAUUGUCCACCAGCAAUACUACCCUAACACACAUAUAGCACAGAGUGUAUGUAAUGAUAUUAUCAUGUGAUCAGUAUUGUAUGUUGUAAUAAAACAUAUGCUGAGUGUUUCAAAAUGA